AUGUCGUCGUCUUCACCUAAUGAGAAUGAUAUUCGGGUCGUAGUUGGCAUCGACAUUGGCUCGACUCUUUCAGGAUUCGCUUUCGCCGAAACCAGCACACCAGAAAAAAUAGAAACAAACAAUGAUUGGCCCGAGAGUAAAAAUGAACCUAAAACCAAUUCAGCGCUUCAAUACAACGAGCAAUUAAAUUUAGUGAAAUGGGGGUUUCCGGGGCUGGCCGAAAAGAUAUCGAGGAAACAAAAACUGCUCAACCCGAUUGGAUUCAUAAAGUCCCAAUUGACAUUUAGCAACAUAUCGGCUUCGCUUCCACCAGGAUUAGAUAGUAUCAGAGUAGUCUCUGAUUAUUUACGUGAACUUGGAAAGGUAUUAAAAAGCACGCUAUCAACAAGAUGGCCGGAAUUAAAUUUUGCAAAGGAUGUAAAGUUAAUUAUGACAGUCUCAUCUGAAUAUGACGAGGAAUCAAUAGCGAGUAUGAGGCGCUGUGCAUUUAAUGCUGGCCUGAUUUCUUCAAUCUCUUCCGAAAAAUUAGAAAUCAUACAAGAAUCGAAAGCUGCAGCAAUCGCUUGCCUUGAAAUGAUUAAACAGCAAAAUUUAUUAUCGGUUGGUGAAUCAUUCAUGGUGGUAGAUUGCGGUGGUACGACUACAAGUUUAAGCAUAAGAACGCUUACCGACAACGAGCUGGACGAGACAACUAGCACCACCACCACCGAAUUUUGCGGAUCAACAUCAGUAAACUUUGACUUCGAAAAAUAUCUCGAUCACAAAAUAGGCGAAUCAGCAGUCGAAACACUCGCAGAGAAGCAUUACCCACAACUGCAAUAUCUAAUUCAAUAUUUUAGCAAGGAGGUGAAACAUUCAUUUGAUGGUAACAAGGAGACGUGGGGAACACAUGAAAUUGACCUUGAGGAUGUUUGUCCGGUAUCGCUUCAGUAUAUUGACGAAUCAGAAAGAGCAGAAUUGGAGAAACUUGAUUGGCUGAUAGAACUUGAUUUUGAAACGGUCGAGAAUUUUUUUGAACGUGCUGUUAGAGGUGUGAUUCGGGCGAUUCGGGAAAAGCUCUCUACAUGUGAUCAAAAGAAAGUUUCGGCUAUUUUCUUAGUUGGUGGAUUUGCAGAGUCGAAGUAUCUCUCUAUGAAAAUAAAAAAAGAAUUUAAUGAUUCGGUCCGUACAAUAUCUGUUCCUCCAAAUCCAAUUACAAGCGUCAUGCGAGGAGCGGUGCUUUAUGAACUAAAGAAAGACAUCAACUAUACCCGAACAUUAAAAAGGACAUAUGGAAUUCAAAUUUGUCGUGAUUGGAUUCCAGGAGACCCAAUCGAGCGAAAGGAUGCACGCUCGUUAAUUGACAUAUUUUCAGCGAUAGUUAAACGAGGGACUAAAGUUUCUAUCGAUCAAGAAUUCAAAUUCAUAGGGCAGCCUGCUUUUCCUCGUGCUAGAAAAGUUGAUAUUGGAAUUUAUUCGACGGAAUCUGAUGAUGCAAACUAUUGUGACGAGCCUGGAAUGCAAUUCCAUGGAAAAUUGGAAAUUGAUCUUUGGGAUGUACAUCUUGGUCUUGAGCGAGACGUAGAGAUUAUAAUAAAGUUUGGCAAAUUAGAGACAGUUGUGUUUGCAAAGAGUCUUACAACUGGAGCUAUU